AUUACUGUUAAAACUGAGCCUAACAUGUACGUUACGGAUAACGUAAACGUUCAAUCAUAGCACCCCAAGUCUUUUGACGUUACAGUUCAGUGAGUAGACAACUGUCUUUGGGAUCGAAUCUUUGGGUCUAUGCGUAAAACAGUUGGUACUAUUAUACUAUUGGUAGAACUGUGCUUGGUGCAAAAAUAAAAACAGAAACCGUCAGUUGUCAUUUUAUGUUUGAUAGUUUAUAUCUCUAAAAAGAUCAAGAAAAAAUAUUAAAUUAAAUUCCUAUUCUAAUUAAAAAAUGGGUAGGUCUAAAAAAAAAUCAACAAAUGAAGCACCACUCGGACUAAAUAAUGAAAUGUAUUUCAAUCUGGAAAUUGAUAUGCAAGCUAUAAGAGGUAAAAAUCAAGAACUAGUGGAAACUGUAGCAAAGAUUCAAAAGGAAAAAAGUCUAUUACAAAAACAGAUAAACUUAUUACAAAAAGACUAUUUUGCAUUAAAUUCAAAAUAUGUGAAUUUAAAAAAUUUACUUUCUACUGUGGAUAGCACUGCAAACUUGUGUUUUCCGAAAGUUGCAGAAGUUGUAAAUCAAGUAGCAAAGAUUAUACGUGUUUGUUCAGUGGGAGUUGCAAUUAGCAACACAGGAGAUCAAAAAACCCAGGAGGUUAGACCUCACAGGGUAAAUGGAACGGUAAUAAAAAGUCCCACCAUUACCAUUUCAAGGUUUAGUGAUUCCCCUAGAUUAAGCAACGGUGGACCAUCUCCAACCAGUCAAACAAGUAGGAGUAUAAAUAAUAACCAGGAGACUGAGCCGAUACCAAGCACAAGCAGAGGAUUUUCAGAACGUUUAUCUUUCAAUCAAAAUGACGAAAACGAUGUUUUUAAUCGAGAAAAUGAAGGCACAAGCAACGAUUUCGUCAAUCGUAAUAGAAGAGGUGCAGUACCUUUAAGUCCUUUAAACAUAGAAGAAGAAGAAGAAACUGAGAACGAAAACAACUUAGAAGAAGCAGAACAAAAUAUUGAAAACGGAGAAUACUGUUCCAGACUUGUUACCAUUGAAGAAGAAAGUGAUGACGACUACCUUAAUUCAUCUCCAACUAAUUCGCAGUUAACUGAAGAAACAAUAAGAGAGAUCAGAAUAUACCUGAGUCCUCUUCGGGGCGCCCAAAAAGAAGACCAAACGAGCUUAAAUAAUUCGCUAGAACAUUUCUCGUACCGUACUUCAUCUCUAUCGGCCGAAGCAAGCAACACGAUCAACGAAAAUACGUUUGUAGACGAAAUCCGUGGAAGUCCCAAUAAAUCCACCAGGCUUAGCGGUCCUAAUAAGACUAACAACAAAUCUCCAACCUUCUUUUUAGAAGAUUCAAAUUGGAAAAAUAACGGAAACAAUUCGUAUACGUUUACCAAUAUCUCUUCUAUACCUAAAUCUCCGAGUGCACUAGAUUCUGAGCCCAGUUGCAGUAAUACUUCAGAUAUUUCUAAAAUACUUACCAUGGAAAGCCUUGGAUUAACAACCACAAUUGCACAUCAGUUAGCUACUUCAACACCAGUUGUUUCUACACCCAGAAUGAGUUCAAGACUUAAAAAAUCAUCUAGUACUAAAUCUACAAAAAAUGAAACAGUAUGUCAGAAUUCGAAACAAUCUAUUACCAAAAGAAAAACUAGUAUGGAACCAAACGUCGCCCAAGUGCUCAUCAAAAGACUCGACUUGGACAAAUCGAAUGCUUCAAUGCACGAAGUGAGCAAGAGAUUGAAUGCAACGCCGAUAACUUCGCCUAAGUCGGUUAAACCAAAGAGGCGACGAAUCAUAAGCCCUUCUUCGAGUAGUAGCGUUAGUAGCGAAAGUAGCUUAGCUGCCGAAAAAUCACCUGUAACUAAAAUGAAAAAGAAAGGCAAAGAAAAUAAGAAGGUUCUAGAAACAUCAGUACACGUGACCAAAUCCAGCCCCCGACCAAAAAGAAACGCCCGACCGGGAUCAAUGCGGGAGCCAAGUCUAAACAAAAAAAUGCGACGAAGUAGAUAGAAAAUCCAUAUUGUUUAGGUUUAUGACAUUAGAAAUGUGUAUUUAUUUUAAAUGAUAAUAUAAGUAAUAAAUUGUGAAUAUAAUAAAACUUUAAAAAGAUAUCCACAUUAUUUGUCACCAAGGUAGGUACUUAUCCAACUAAAAUUAUUAUCACUUAGCAUUGAUGACAAUUUUAUUGUGUAUUGACUUGCUUGUCUCUCUGAAUAUUGAUUUAUAUAAAUAAACAUUGAUUGUUUAUCCUCUAUCCCUUCUGAAACUCCACGCAUUUAAUAUGGUUUCGAGAAAGGGCAAUUACUAUUAUAUUAAUAGGUGGUACGUGUG